UAAUGUCUGGUCAUGUCGGCUUCCCAACCUGGUACAUCAUCUUCGACACAGAUAGCUGAUAAUCGUAUCUUCCUAUUCCGCCUACAAAUACUUAUUAUAGAUGGCGGACUUACAAGUUUAAGAAAUUAUGUAGAUCAGGAACUUGCAGCCCAAUCAUCAACACUAAGUACAUGCCUUGCUUAUGAAAAGGCAAGAAUCAAACUACUAAAGGGAAAAAAGAUAAUAACACAGGUGCAAUAUGAUUUAUUGUAUCCAUCAAGUGGCACUGUUUCAACGUCAGAUUUGGACAUCACACUUAUCAUUUGUCUUGUGAGAAAUCUGAAGUUUUUCAGAUUAAACUCAAAGUUUAAUUGGAACAUUCCACCAGUACAAAGUGAUACUUCCAUCGAGGCAGACAUUUGUAGGCUGAAGCUCUUCAGGAACGAAAUUUGCCAUAUAUCGACCACUACAGGAAUACAACAUAAUGACUUUAUAAACAAGUGGCAAGAAAUCGAACAGGUAUAAGAUAAAUUAUAUCUUGUUUCUGACUUUACAUAUUGAAUAAUGGAAGCAGACAUAAUUCAAUAUUUUUCUCUUAGAGCAGUGUAGUUUGCUUAUU